UACGUUUUAUGAGAUUCUCAUACUUCACCUAAUUACUCAGGUAACACAUUUCUAUAAAAAAGAAACUAGAGUACAAUGACAUACAGCAUUUGAAAUAAGAUUGGCUUACCAUUAAACUCUUGUAAUUUAAUUCAUUGUGUGGAAAAACCAGAAACAUCAGUCAGCCAGUAGUUUCCCUCUCUCUGCUCCACCUGCGCAUAAGCUCGUCCCAUUUUUCUUCGCUUAACUUUAUACAGCCAGGGGAAACUAGUCAAACAAGCUUUUGUGCUCUGCGGCACUCGCAACUUCUUGGACGUUAAAAGCAGGAGCCACAGUUUGGUUUUAUUUGCGUCUACCAUCUCGAGCAUCUGGACUAUUUAAUGAGGCAAAGACAAACCAACAAUGAAGCACGAUCGCAUGUGUGGCAGUCGAUGUCUGGGUCCGAUGAUUUUCAACAUGGACCUGACAGGAAAAAACGUGACUCUGAGUCAAGGAGGACAACUAGCGUCCAGAGACACCUCGUCCUAUAUGAACGGUUUGGCAUUUCUCAGCCGCACUGUGAAGGUUGAUGAAAAGCUGUGUAUACGUAUCGAGGACCACAACUCGUUGUGGGAUGGAGCUCUUCGUGUGGGUUUCACCAACAUCUGCCCUCAGAGAAACAGUUUACCACCUGCCUCAAUACCAGACCUCAGGGACACACGAGGAUACUGUGUUGUGCCUGUGCCUGAGGACGUGUGUAGGUGUGGUGCAGAGCUUCAGUUCUGGAUAAACUAUGCAGGCAUGGUGAUUGUUCAAAAGAUAGGUGGGGAGAAAUAUUACCUCAAAGCAGAAGGACUGAACCUGAAUAAUCCACUGUGGGUUUUCAUUGAUCUGUACGGAAGCACAAGCGCCGUCCGCCUACUGAAAUCAAGGAGGGGCAGUCGAUCAUCAUGCCCGGUUUGUCCUGCAGACGGUACAUCUGCCACCAACUGGGUAGCAAGAGCAGUUGAGCGACAAACAUCAGAAGAAGAGAAUAGCUAUGACCAUAAAACAGAUACCAGAAUUUUCCAGAAAACAUCAUCUUACUGGAAACCGAGUCUCUUUCUUGUACAGUACGCUAACCAGACUACCAUCCCAAGCCCUAGAGAAUGUUCAGAACUCACAAGAGCUGGUUUAGGCGCACCUGCUCAGGAUUCAAGAGGGGUAGAUGUACACUGGACUUUGCGAGAGCUGAAUCGCUUCAUUUGCUCCAGAUAUCCAUUGGUCGACCUGGCCUUGAUUGGUUUCCAUUAUGCAAAGGCUGAUAAAUAUGGACGAUUUUUGAGAUUACAUUCAGACACUCUGAAGAAAAUAAAAAAGGAGCUGGCUGGCAACAUUCUUUAUAUAGUUCCUCAGACAGACAUUGUUCUAAACGAGAUUGCCACACACACACUAUCAUCAGUCAUGAAUGCAAAUACUUUCUCACCACCAUGUUCUCCUCCACCUGUUCCUGCACAACAGAGGCACCGGCUGACUUCAUCCAGCAGUUUUCUUUCAGAUUCAAGUCGAAACUCUUCAGUGGAGGACAUGGACUGCAGUUCUUUGCUCAGAGAGUUUCAGCACAUGCAUCUCAGUGGCAGCGAGCACGUUUCAGUAUUGGCUUCUCGUAACAAGGUGCUGCAGAAUGCUAAAGAUUCUGUUUCCAACUCUAAUUUCUCUUGGACCAAAAUCCCUUUUGUCACAUUUGUUGGUGAGGAAGCAAUUGACUGUGGAGGUCCACGGAGAGAGUUUUUCAGAAUCCUGAUGAUGGAGGUACAGAGCUCCCUGGGCAUCUUUGAGGGGCAGCCUGGACACUUGUUCUUCACCUAUGACCAGAUGGCCUUGGAGCAACACAAGUAUGAGCUGGCGGGGAAGCUGAUUGCAUGGUCUGUGGCUCAUGGCGGACCAGGACUCAAAUCUCUUGACCCAUGCCUGUACCAGCUGAUGUGCACACAGGAAUGUCAACUGGUAGACUUUGACUGGAGCCUAAUAACAGAUGCUGACAUUCAGGACAAACUGCAAAAGAUUUCAUCAUGCAAGACGACAGCAGAUCUCCAGAGGCUGCAGACAGAGCAAGGAGAUUGGAUCUGUGAAUGUGGUUUCCCUGGAAUAUACAGACGUGAAAUUUCUAUCCGAGAUGUACCGAAGAUUUACUCCUAUGCAGUUCGACACUACAUAUAUCUUAGAACGUCAAAUAUGAUCCAUCAGUUCACAAAGGGACUGAAUGCUUAUGGACAAUUCUGGGAAAUGGUAAGAACUCACUGGGUUGAGUUUCUUCCCAUCUUUACCAACAUGCACGAGCCCCUUUCCAGAAGCACAUUCAGAGACCUCUUCCAAAUCCACUGGAGUAAAUUAGGGACCAAGAAGAGGGAAGAUGAGGAGGAGACUAUACACUAUUGGGAACUGGUGCUUAAAAUGAUUGAAGAUAAAAAACCGAAAGCUUCACAAGAUGAGUUGCAUUUUGAGGAGAUUUUGGCUUUCGUAACUGGAGCAGAUGAAGUCCCACCGCUUGGGUUUUCCCCGAAGCCCAGCAUUGACUUCUACCAGCCGGAGCAGCGUGGAAGCCGUCUACCAUAUGCCAACACGUGCAUGAUGGGAUUGUUCCUCCCGAGGGUUGUAAAAGACGAAGUGGAACUUUACAGGAUGCUCCUAAGAGCAAUCAGAGACUCAGAUGUUUUUGGAAGAACGUAAACGUGUAUAAUUCUUUAUUAUAAUGUUCAGAUGCAAAAGUCUCUAAAUCCAUCUGACGAUUUUCUUUAAAAUUCGGAUUUCUUUCUGGCUAUUUUGUAUAGGUUUCUAUGUAAGUACUGGUACUUCUGAAUAGGCUAAGGCUGGAAUUUAGCGAGUUUAAAAUAAAAGUAUUUGAUGGAAGUAUACUACGUGUCAGGAGCAUUCACUCAGUAUCAUUAUCUCAUUUUUGACCGAGAUGGCUUUUAGCUGGUUUUGCAUCUGAACUCUUCAUAUAUUUCAUUAUUUAUUUCACUACUUAAGAAGAAAGCACUUAUGCACUUAGUUAUUUGUAUAUUCUGUGUAUUUUUGACAUAAAGAUGUUUUGCAUUGUAUGCCCCAUGCAUUUUUUAUAUUUGUAAAAAUUAUUAUUUUCAUACAACUGUCAGUCUGCCUCGAAUA